AUGGAGGUCUAUGUGGGUCGAGGAGGACAUAGGCAGGAAGGGGUUAAACAGGCAAACAGGACGUGGAAGGUCCUUCAGGGGGUUCUAAGCCCACAAAACUUUGAGGGAAGGGACAGGGACUGUGACUCCCUCCAGUUCAGACUAACACUUGCUGUCUUAUUGGGCCAGUUUUCCUUUGCAGAGAAAUGGGAACAUCCACAGAACACCAAGGUUCUCGGAGCUCUGGACCUUGGAGGUGCCUCAACACAAAUAACCUUCCAGCCUGGAGUCACCAUUGAGGACAAGAACACCUCAGUCUUCUUUAGGUUGUACGGCACCAACUACUCGCUCUACACCCACAGCUACCUCUGCUAUGGGCAGACGCAGGCCUUGAAGAUGCUGCUGGCAGCUCUGCACCAGGGCAGCCCGUCUCCCCAGCAGAUAUCACACCCCUGCUACCCCAAGGGAUACCAGGAGAACAUCACCACGGCAGACCUCUAUGACAGUCCCUGUGUCCGUGCACCGAGCACACCCAGCCCUGCACAGGUCCUCACGGUGAUGGGGACAGGGGACCCAGGAGCGUGCAGCAUCGCCAUCCAGAAACUCUUCAACUUCAGCUGUGGGGCCAACAGGACAUGCGGGUUCAACGGGGUUUAUCAGCCGCCUGUGCGGGGACAGUUUUUUGCCUUCGCUGGUUUCUACUACACCUUCCACUUCCUGAACCUGACUGGCCAGCGGUCUCUAAACGACGUCAACUCCACAGUCCAGACCUUCUGCAAGAAGAACUGGGCAGAGCUGGUGGAGACCUUCCCGCAGGAGAAGGAGUACCUACCCACCUACUGCCCCGUGGCGAUUUACAUCUUGACGCUGCUGCUCGAUGGCUACAAGUUCAACGAGCACACGUGGAGCAGCAUCCACUUCGGCCGGCAGGCAGCAAACACGGACAUUGGAUGGACGCUGGGCUUCAUGCUGAAUUACACCAACAUGAUCCCCACGAAGGCUCUGGAACACAUCAAGGGGCACCAGCCCAGUCUGUGGGCAGGUGCCAUCUCCUUCAUUGUGCUGGCCAUAGCGGCAGGCCUGGUGGCCAUUUUCCUCCAGUGUUUCUGGAAAACCAAGUAGCUCCCAGCCUCCUGACUAGAGGCAUCCUGCCCACUAAACCAGGCAGAGAAGUGGUGCAAAACAAGGUGGAAG